CGCCACGUGUCGCGGCGGCUGCGCAGGCGGGGCGGGGCGGCCGGGCCGGCGGCGCGGGAAGAUGGCGGCCGGGAUCCGGGAGAAGCAGACAGUGGCUUUGAAACGUAUGCUGAACUUCAAUGUUCCUCCUGUUAAAAACAGCACAGGAGAACCAGUAUGGAAGGUUCUUAUUUAUGACAGAUUUGGCCAAGAUAUCAUCUCACCUUUGCUGUCAGUGAAAGAGCUGAGAGAUAUGGGGAUCACUUUGCAUCUGCUUUUGCAUUCAGAUCGGGAUCCUAUUCCAGAUGUUCCAGCCAUUUACUUUGUAAUGCCAACAGAAGAAAAUAUUGACAGAAUGUGCCAGGAUCUUCGAAACCAGCUUUAUGAGUCUUAUUAUUUAAACUUUAUUUCUGCCAUUUCAAGAAGUAAACUGGAAGAUAUUGCAAAUGCUGCUAUAGGUGCUAAUGCAGUAACUCAAGUGGCUAAGGUGUUUGAUCAAUAUCUUAAUUUCAUUACUUUAGAAGAUGAUAUGUUUGUAUUGUGUAACCAAAACAAAGAACUUGUUUCAUACCGUGCCAUUAACCGACCAGAUAUAACAGACACAGAAAUGGAAACUAUAAUGGACACUAUUGUUGAUAGUCUCUUCUGUUUUUUUGUUACACUUGGCGCUAUACCUAUAAUCAGAUGCUCAAGAGGAACUGCAGCUGAAAUGGUGGCAGUGAAAUUGGAUAAGAAGCUCAGAGAAAAUCUAAGAGAUGCCAGAAACAGUCUUUUUACAGGUGACACACUUGGAGCGGGCCAGUUCAGCUUCCAAAGGCCCUUAUUAGUCCUUGUUGACAGAAACAUAGAUUUAGCAACUCCUCUACAUCAUACUUGGACAUACCAAGCUUUAGUGCAUGAUGUGCUGGAUUUCCAUUUGAAUAGAGUUAAUUUGGAAGAAUCAGCAGGAACAGAAAGUACUCCAGCAGGUGCUAGACCUAAGAAAAAAAAUAAGAAGUCCUAUGAUUUGAGUGCAUCUGAUAAAUUCUGGCAAAAGCAUAAGGGCAGUCCUUUUCCAGAGGUGGCUGAGUCUGUUCAGCAAGAACUAGAAUCUUACAGAGCCCAAGAAGAUGAAGUCAAAAGACUUAAGAGUAUCAUGGGCAUUGAAGGGGAGGAUGAAGGAGCAAUAAGUAUGCUUUCAGAUAAUACAGCUAAGCUAACUUCAGCUGUCAGCUCUCUUCCAGAACUUCUGGAAAAGAAGAGGCUCAUUGAUCUUCAUACAAAUGUUGCAACAGCUGUUUUGGAGCACAUAAAGAGUCGAAAGCUGGAUGUGUAUUUUGAAUAUGAGGAAAAAAUAAUGAGCAAAUCCACACUGGAUAAAUCUCUUCUGGACAUGAUCUCUGACCCAGAUGCGGGAACUCCUGAAGACAAAAUGCGAUUAUUUCUCAUCUAUUACAUAAGCUCAGCUCAGGCACCUUCAGAGAUUGAUUUGGAGCAGUAUAAAAAGGCGUUGAUGGAUGCAGGGUGUAAUCUCGCUCCUUUGAGCUACAUAAAACAAUGGAAAGCUUUCACUAAGAUGGCUUCAGCUCCAACCAGCUAUGGAAACGCUACGCCUAAACCUUUGGGUCUGUUUUCACGUGUUAUGAAUACGGGAUCACAGUUUGUCAUGGAAGGAGUGAAGAACUUGGUACUGAAGCAGCAAAAUCUGCCAGUCACACGUAUUUUGGACAACCUAAUGGAGAUGAAGUCAAACCCUGAGACAGAUGACUACCGGUAUUUUGACCCCAAGAUGCUACGAGGCAGUGACAGCUCAGUUCCAAGAAAUAAAAAUCCAUUCCAGGAGGCCAUAGUGUUUGUAGUUGGAGGAGGCAACUAUAUUGAAUAUCAAAAUCUUAUUGAUUACAUAAAGGGUAAACAGGGUAAACAUGUCCUGUAUGGCUGCAGUGAACUUUUUAAUGCUACACAGUUUAUGAAACAGUUGUCCCAGCUUGGCCAGAAAUAAGACUGAAACACCAUUACCUGGAUGGGAAUGUGACAACAGCGAAUUUUUGCAACAUUCAGAUAUCUUCGUAUCUUUAAUUUUAUCCUUGUAUUAAAACUUAAGCCCAUUUCAUUAAUAUGAUAACUUUAAAAAAAAUCUGUAAUUAAUACGGUGUAUAUCAGCAUUUCAGAAAUAAAACUUAAAACCUGC